CCUUCACACCUUCAGUGGUCAGUUAUCCUUUGACAAGAUGGUUGGUAAGCUGUGCAUCCUUCUCUCCCUCUCCAUGUGUAUCCUAGGACAGGAUGAACCAACCAACAACCUUCCUGCAGGAUCAGAGGAUAUUCUCUCCAAUCCGUACUCAGACGGAUUCUCUUGUGAGGGUCAGGCCUAUGGAUACUAUGCUGAUGUUGAAAACAACUGUGAAGUUUUCCACAUCUGCCUUCCUAUUGAGAACAACGAGGGGGAGGUGAUUGAAUACGCCAAGUGGAGCUUCGUGUGCGGGAACCAGACCGUCUUCGACCAGCAAACCUUGACCUGUAACCACAGGGACGAUGCAUUCCCUUGUGAAGAGUCUUCAUCCCUGUUUGGAGCUGUUGAGUUUGGUUUGGUGGAAUCAGAGAAGUAGAUUAGAGAUUCCCAAACCAAACCCGAGCUUUCCCCAAGUGCCAUGCUUGCCAAUAUGGCCGACCAAACUGAACGAGUUUUUACACCGUCGGAGACAACUGUUAAUAUCGCUGUGAUACAAAUUGUUUAUUAUACAAAAUUUAUGAGAACAUUUGUUUUCGGUGCUAUUUCAAAAUUAAAUGGACCAACGGAUGGUUUGGAGUUUAUUUAUUUAUUUAUUUAUCUAUUUAUAUGUUAAAAUGUAUCAUGUCUAGUAAUAAACUUUGUAUGUGAA